GGGGAGUCUUCAUCCAACUUUCAGCAAAGUCGGACACAAAUUACAACUAUGUCCCUUCCCCGUAAAAGUAUUAUAAGUAAAUUCCUAAAUAAUUGUUACUAAUAGAUUCAUUUGUAUUCAGUGAGCUGGAGGGAAUUAAAUGAUUACUAAGUGCAACGGUCUAAAGAGGUGUGUGUGACUGUAGUGAAAGAUUCUUCCUGCCCUGCCUGAGCCAGACCUGUAUAAGACCCCGGGAUAAGAACUCAUCUCUACCAAUUACAGAACAGAACCCAGAUACUCCCAUCUUUCCCUACUUGCGAGACACUUAAUGGUAGUACCGAAACUGAACUCUCACCUACCAGCACCAACAACCAAAAUCUUCCCUUCCCACCUAAUUUCUUGCCAUCCACAAGAAGAAGGAGGAGGGCAGAAAAUCCAGUGGAGGUGUCUAGAAAGAGGUGCAGGUGAAUCGCAACACAAGGAAGGAGAGGACCUGGAUAAGUGGAGACCAACGUAAAGGGCCCAACGUAGUGAGCGGUUAGAGUUUCACAGGUGGUGAAGAGGAAUAUCACAUACAUUCAUGGAUUUUGUUGCUGGGUGGCAACUGUCCCGAACCCUGGGUGAAGGUUCCUUUGGAAAAGUAAAGUUGCUGACACACAGAGGUUCGGGAGAGCAAGUCGCAAUGAAAGAGAUCGACUUGGAGAAACAUUCAGGUGUGAAAAGCAGCGUACAAAAAGAGGUGUUCAUCCACAGAAUGGUGAACCAUCCAAACAUCGUCCAGUUUUACGGACAUCGCCACAAAGGAAACCUCGAGUACAUCUUCCUUGAGUUUCUGUCAGGAGGAGACCUCUUUGACCGCAUAACUGGUGAGUAUUGUUCACAAUCAGCAAUUAAAAGAAUCGUUCAUAAUGGAGCUGGUCAAACUGACAUACAUCAGUAACCUGGAUGUAACAUUUUUUCACAUGAUCUGUUACACACAAGAAUGAUUGAAUGUUUGGAAUCUGUAAUUUCUUAUGUUUAGGAUGCUAAAGUAAACACUAUAUUGACUUUUCAUGGAUCUGCAGUUACCUGCAUAUCUUCCUUCUUUGGUUGGUUUCUUCUGCUGUCUUUGUGAGGGAGGAAAUGGGGAAAAUGAUUUCCUGUGUACAGUGUAUUCUCAUUUAGCUGUGCAUGGGUUGUCUGGUUUGUGUCUUAUCCAUGCACGUGCUACGUGUAUUGGCAGACAACUUCGUAGAGCACGUGUUGCUCAUCCGUUCUGUAUGUGUGAAACAGCUAGAGAACAGGUGGACGGAUUUACAUUAAUUUCAGUAUUCGAGAGUUUUGCAGAA